AUGCGUCGUCGCCGCCGCGGGGGCGUGCGAUCGGCCCGAGGUUAUCUAGAGUCACCAAAGCGGCCGGGCGAGCCCGGGAUCAACCAGGUAGCCGCGCCGGGGCCGGGGUGGCCGGGCUGCGGCCGGCGCGGCCAGGCCGUCCCCGCUAGGCGUCGGCGGACCGGACCUGCGCGCGCGCGCGGCGUGGAGCGGAGCGGAGCCUCCCCGCCCGACGGGGUCGAGGGGGAGCCCGCAGCACUUGCGGAGGACGACGGACCUCGGAAGCUAGAGAAGGAAGCACCCUCGGAGGCGGACGGGGACGACCGCGGCGGGGCGGCCGGCGCGCACCGGCGCCCCUCUCUGUCGAAACCCCGCGCGCGCCUCCGCGUCGGCGGGCCCCUGGGGGCUGCCGGCUCGGCUCGGCCGGGCGCGGAGGGGCACGGACGCCGGGAUCCGAUGACCCCGGCUCCGGGAGCGGACGACGACGGCACCUGGGGUGACGGCCCGAAGGACGGACGCGAUGGGGCGGGGAGGCGUCCGCCCCGCCUGAACGCCGGUCCGGAAACCGACCCGCGGAGGGCCCUCCCCGACGCGUCCGUGGCGGCCCGAAGGGGCUUGGGAGACCCGCCGUGCGUGAGACGGCGGCCGGCCUGCCCCCUCCCUCCCGCGAGGCGAAGGGGGACUCCGGCGAGUUCGCAGGGACCCGGAGCGCGGGCUCGGCCGACCGCCGGCCGCUCCCUGCCUCCUGGAACGAGGCCGCUCCCCGCUUCUCAGAGACCUAACGCUCCCUUUCCCGCGCCGCUCCCGCCCGGGAAUCUGAGCUGGGCCGGAAGGACGUGCCGGUGGUCACGCGGUCCCCGAGGGUACCCGAAAACCCUGUCUCCAGAAAUCCCCGCGCGCGCGCCCGGGACGCCUGCGCGGUACCUCACGCGUCCUUCCGGCUUCGACCCGCGCGCGCUCCACGGUUGCCUGCCGGAGCCCCUUUCCGGGCAAGCCGCGCCGAUCGGUCCCCAUGGGGGCUUCCCACCGCCUCCCUCUGCCAGGUCCACCCCUUCACCGGCCGAGGGCGGCAGACCUGUGCCCGGUCCUCCUCUACGGACCGCCGUGAGCACGGCCGCCCAGAACGGGGGUCUCCGGAAACCCACGCCGACCACCUUCCCGGGCGACCCCUCCGCGUGGUACCUUCCGAACGCUCGCUCGCUCGCUCGCUCGGCCCGACGACGGGCUCAUCCCGGGGGGCCCCUGCCGCUUCCCCUCAGCGGCCUCCGGGCCUACCUUCCCCGUAAACCGAGCACGGGGACCGCGAGGCGCCGACCGGGACUCUCCCCAACUCCGUGCCGACCUCCUUGGAGCCCUUUCCCGCUCGAGCGCCGCGAAUCCGGCCCCAUCGAGACUCCCGCGGAGCUGCUUCCUCCGGGCCUAGCGCCUCCGUUGAAGCGGCGCUGCGAACGGCACUCGCCGGCGCGCCUCCGGGUCAGCCUUCGCACGUCGCAGCGUCAGGCGGCCGGAGCGGCUCUCUCCCGGAAUCCACGCCGACCUCCUGGUGCCCGUCUCCGUCUUGCACUGACGUCUUCCAAGGGGCGUCCUCCGGCUCUGCCUUUCCACGGCCGCGUGAGGCGGCGACCGGCUCUCUGCCGGAAUCCACGACGGCCUCCUGGAGCCCUUCUCCUUCUCGCACUGACGAGCCGUGGCUCCGGCGGACGCUGGGAGCGAGAGGCGGCGACCGGCUAUUUCCCGAAAACCGUCGGCGACCUGCCGGAACCCUUCACGGCCGACCUCCGGCGAUCCGUCACCCCUACCUGGCGGGGCUUCCGCACGACCGCUCGGCCCGACGUCGGGCGCCUCCGUCAGGCGAGGGGCUCGUCCAGGGGAUCCUGCCGCUUGCCCAUGAACCCGCAGGCGCACGCCCCGGCCGUCCGAGCGCGGGGACAGCGAGGCGCCGACCGGGACUCUCCCGAAAUCCACGCCGACCUCCUGGAGCCCUUUCCGGGCGAGCUCCGCGAAUCCGUCCCCAUCCAGACUUCCGUACCCUCCUCCGACCGCCUUCGGUCUACCCGGGGGGGGGGAGAGGGGCAGCUAGCCUCCUGUUCGACUCGCCGCCCCCUGCGUGCGUGCGUGCGUGCGGAUCAGCGCUCCGCCGGGGACUCCGCCACCGCCUCGUUGGUGCAUGCUUUCCGGACCCCGCCUCGGAAAGGAAGUUCUUCCCGUGCACCAGGUCUGCCGGUCGGAAAGCGGGGUCCUUUCCGCCCCCGGGUCUUCCCCGACGGAGGGGUUCUCGGGCGCCGUCGGCUCUCCGGGCCCCAGAUCUACCUCGGCCUCGGCAAGCGCGCUCCCCCCCCCCGCGACGAGCCGGGCGCCCCUCGCGCGAGGAGCGCCUCCGCGCCCGCCCGGGGGCAGAGGGGGAUGCCAGCCGCCUUCCCGCGCGGGACGGCGGCGGCGGCGCUCCCUCCCGCCCUCGGAGGGGGACAAAAGCUUGUGUCGAGGGCUGACUUUCAAUAG